UCAUGUUUCUAUUCUUUCGAUAUAAUCCUACUCAAGCUCAUAACUUUGAGCUUUGAGUAGAGUUCGGGAUGUCAAGGAGCAGAGAAGCGAGUGAUGUGGGGCUUAUUGGGACCCCACAAUCACAGCAAUCUCGCAAUGCUUUAUCACGAGUUGUAUCUGGAAUUGACGAAGCGGACGCCGGUCGGAGAUAUGACCUGGAAGAAGCAGACAACAAGUUCUCGCAGCCCGACUCCUACUCUUCCAGCAUUGCUCCUACGGAUAGGAAAAUAGUAUCCUGGCACGAUGAGGACCCGGAAAAUCCUUACAACUGGUCCAAGGGACGGAAAGUCAACGUCGUACUUAUCGGCAUGCUGGUUGUAGUAAACAGUACCAUGGGUUCUUCCCUGCCAUCCAAUGCAAUUCCGGAUAUCAGUACAUACUUCAAUAUAACCUCUUCCUACGCCAAAAUUCUACCUAUUUCCAUGUAUCUUGUUGGAUACAUCGUUGGGCCAGUAGUUUUCGGGCCACUUUCCGAGUCCUACGGGCGGAAAGGCAUCAUGAUUGCUACAUUCUUCGGCUUCACUAUUUGCACUAUGGCAUGUGCAUUAGCACCCAAUUAUCCUGCACUGUUGAUAUUCCGUAUCUUGACGGGUAUCAAUGCUAGCAGUCCGAUUGCUGUGACGGGUGGAAUGUACGCAGAUGUCUACAAUGAUCCUGUAACGAGAGGGCGGGCAAUGGCAACAUUCAUGGGCGGGACCUGCAUCGGACCUAUCAUUGCACCAGCAAUAUCAGGUUUCGCAGCACCCACCAUAGGCUGGCGAUGGGUGUUCUGGAUAGGGCUCAUAGUCGCCGGCGUAUCUUGGAUCCCUUUAUUCUGGCUCCCUGAAACAUACGCACCAAUUCUCCUCGCUCGCCGCGCAGCAUAUCUUCGCAAAACGACUGGGAAUCCAAACAUAUUCGCACCCAUCGAGCUCGAAAAGAAAGGAUGGAAGCAGAUGGCAACCGUAACGCUUACUCGACCACUUCGUAUGCUCUUUUUUGAGCUCAUUGUUCUGGCAACUUGUCUCUAUCUCUCGCUAGCCUACGGCAUAUUCUACAUGUACUUCGAGGCGUAUCCGAUCAUCUUCCAAGAUAUCUACGGCCAAUCCCUCGGUGUCUCUGGCCUUAUGUUUCUACCCAUCGGUGGAGGGACGGUAGCAGCAAUUGCUGUAUUCCUUUGGUACGAUUCCUAUUUACGGAAAGCACAAGCACAGGACAAACCCUGGACACACAAAGAGGAAUUUCGACGUCUCCCACUCGCCUGCGUAGGUGGACCCAUGUACGUUAUCGCACUAUUUUGGCUUGGUUGGACAGCAAAUAAAGAUGUCCACUGGGCGGUUCCCAUGCUAGCUGGUCUGCCAUUCGGCUGUGGUUUCGUGCUGAUAUUCAUGGCGCUGCUCAAUUACCUGACUGAUGCCUAUGAGAUCUUCGCUGCGUCUGCCAUGGCGGCUGCGAGCUGUGCUCGGAGUCUUGCUGGCGCGGUCUUGCCUUUUGCGGCAACGCCUAUGUAUCGACGAUUAGGUGUGCCGUGGGCUAGUAGUUUGUUGGGGUUCUUGAGUUUGGGGAUGUGUGUUGUUCCGUUCUUGUUUCUGUGGAAAGGUGAUAGGAUAAGAGCUGGUAGUCGGUUCUGUAUAUACCUGAAAGAGAAGAAGGAGAAGGAGUUGGCGGACUUGGAAAGGGAGAGGGAAGCGAAUCGAGCCAAAGAGGGAUCGAAGCAUGGUUGUGAAGAAAAAGUCUGAUUCUGUGCGAUCAGCUUGUGAUUGUUGCAUAGCGGGAUACGGAGCAUUAGUUUAGGGUUUGGUUGGGUUCUCAAUGAUUGCUCUCGAAGACAGUAUUUCGGACUGAAUCUGCUUCGAUGAGAGAGCCAACCUCGAAGUCUUUUCUGAGAAUGGCCUGUUGUCCCAUGAGCGGGAGUUAUGACCGAAUUUGGAAUGGAUAGUAAUUCUUCAUGAUCAAGAAUUGAAUCUUCAAAC